CAUAAAAUAAAUAUUUUAAUAUCUAUUUGUUCAUAGAUUAUUCUCCACCCAAUUAACUACAUAACCAUAACCAACAACCAAUUUUCUUUUCUCUCUAAAACUCUCUCCUCAAACUCCAAAUUCUCUUCCCUUUUAGUUUCAUGAACACUCCACCAGAUUUCUCCGGCGGUGGCUACUGGCAGCAGCAGCAGCAGCAACCGCCUCCGUCGCCGCCAAAGAGAUCCCCUCAGCUCCAAGGCCCACGCCCCACUCCAUUAAAAGUCAACAAAGAAUCCCACAAGAUCCGGAAACCACCUCCGCACCCCCACCCACACCCACAGUUCCGGUAUCCUCCGCCUCCGGCGGAUGACUACCAACAACAACAACAACGACAUGAGCCUGUUAUAAUCUACACAGUCUCCCCUAAAGUCAUCCACGCCGAAGUAUCCGAUUUCAUGUCCGUAGUCCAGCGUCUCACUGGGCCUUCCCCGCCGGCGCCAUCCCCUUCCGGUGCCGGAGAUCUCUCCCCGGCAGCAAGGCUGGCCUCAAUUGAGAAGACUAGCCCGUCAGAUAGGGAUAGGGACAGGGAGAGGCCCGGGAUCAGCGGCAGCGGCGGUGGAGAUUUAUGGGAUAUGAUAGAGGGGGUUGAAUUGGGUCAGUUUCCGGGUAUAUUAUCACCGGCACCGGCGACUUUGCAGCCGAUUUCAUCUGGGUUUUUCUCGCCGUUGACGGAUCUUUCGUUUUUAAAUGAUCUGAGUCCGUUUUGGCAUAAUAGUAACAGCUUUAUGCCGAGCCCUUCAGGCUUGCUUUCGGCUCCAUUGAUUUCCCCAAGUCCUUCGUCAUCUGACAUCUUCAACAAUUUGUUUGACUUUUAAACCUCAGCUGGAGCUUUAGAAACUUCAACGUGUAAUAGUAGAUAGAACACUCAGAAAGAGGGAGCGUAACUUACGUUUCCUUAUAUUAUGUGUUAAAGUUAGUUAUUAUUUGCUGUAUUAUCAACCAUGGGCAUCGAACGGAAUUUUGAGUUAAUAAUAAUAAUAAUUCCGUAUUAUUUGUUGUUUUUUA